AUGGAUGACGAACCAGCUACACUUGAAAGUCAGUUCUUUGAGUUUGCAAAACUUUUGGACAAUAAACGGGAUGGAUUGACGAUCACCCUGUAUAGAUCAGACUAUUGGAUGCGUCAGAGUAAACUUAUUGAUGAUAGGAAACUCACCAUGACAGAUACAGGCAUUUUUUGGUGGAAAUUCUGUAAAACAGAGUUGAACUAUGAUGAGUGGUACGAGUUUUUGACUGAUGUGUGUAAUGAAAAGAAGCUAGACCAGGAAUACGUUGACAAUGCAAUGACUAACUGUGGAAUCCCCGGAACUUCCGCCGUGAACGUUCCGCAAUACCGAGAUUUCUUCGACACCUAUCAACCCAAGGAAAAGCUGGCUUUCUAA